AUGCCGCAUGCCAUUGAGAAAAGCAAUGGCGCUACGAAGCGCGGCGCGGCGCAAAAGAUACUGAACGACGCAAUAGGCGUGACCAAGACCAAGGACGGCCAUGAGAAGACCGACUACACAAGGUGGAGGUUGAAGGAUGACCGGGGAUGUCAGACAUGGCACUACCUCGAAAGCGACAAGGACAUGAGGGCAUGGCCACAGAGUACAGCGGAUAAAUACUUUCUAGGCCUCGAUACGGAACAACCUACCCUGAAGCCUGCAAAGACUCCCCUCGAAGCUGCACGCAAUGGUCUCGAAUUCUUCUCCCAACUCCAGCUCCCACCAGGAAACUGGGCUUGUGAAUACGGCGGCCCUAUGUUUCUGCUACCUGGCCUUGUGAUCACCUGGUAUGUCACCGAGACACCAGUACCAGCGUCGCAUGCGACCGAAAUCAAGAACUACCUCUUUUCGCGGGCCAAUCCCGAGGACGGUGGCUGGGGGCUACACAUUGAGGGCGAAAGCACCGUAUUCGGUACCGCGAUGAACUAUACUGUGCUUAGGCUUUUGGGCGUAGAGGCAGAAGAGCCUCGGAUGCAGAAAGCGCGAGACACGCUUUGGAAACUGGGUGGUGCGCUCAAUGCACCGCAUUGGGCAAAAUUCUGGCUGAGCGUGCUAGGUGUGACAGAGUGGGAUAUUGUCAAUCCUUGUCCACCUGAGCUAUGGUUACUACCUGAUUGGGUGCCCAUCGCGCCUUGGAGAUGGUGGAUACACAUGCGACAAGUUUUUCUGCCCAUGUCGUAUAUCUACUCCAAGAAGUGGUCGUAUCCGCUGAACGAUCUUACACGUCAAUUGCGCGCCGAGCUGCUGAUGCAGCCGUUUGACACGAUCAACUUUGGUGCGCACCGAAACACCAUCGCCUCUACGGAUAAUUAUCAUGCCAAGUCAUGGAUACUCAAACUUCUGUUUUGGUUCUUGGCUGCUAUCUGGUUUCCAUACAUUCGACCCACCUGGAUGAUCAAGCGUGCCGAAGAACACGUAUGGUGGCUCAUUGAAGCUGAGGAUGAGAACACUGAUUUCGCAAACCUUGGCCCUGUGAAUGGUCCUAUGAACACGUUGGUCGCAUACAUCAGAGAAGGACGUGAUUGCCAUGCCGUUCGCGAGCAUCUCAAAACCCUCCCGGAGUUUCUCUGGGUCAAGGAUGAAGGUAUGCUUAUGAAUGGUACGAAUGGUGUGCAAACAUGGGACACUGCGUUCCUUAUCCAAGCCGUCGAAUCCUGCGGCUGGUCAAAAGAUAAGAAGUGGAAGCACAUGCUCACAAAGAGUCUCGAGUUCCUGGAAGACCAGCAGAUGCUUGAAGAAACCAGAGAUCAACACGCAUGCUAUCGUCAACAACGUAAGGGUGCCUGGGGUUUCAGUACACGGAAGCAAGGAUACACCGUUAGCGACUGCACGUCUGAAGGCCUCAAGAGUACACUCAUCCUGCAGAAAGGCAACGCGUUUCCCGAACUCAUCAAUGAACGCCGCGUGAAAGACGCCAUUGACGUCCUUCUUACCAUGCAAAACGCGUCUGGUGGCUGUGCUUCCUACGAGCCCACACGAGGAAGUAUUCUCCUAGAGCACCUCAACGCAGCAGAGGUCUUCGGCAACAUCAUGAUAGAGUACGAUUACCCCGAAUGCACGACGGCCGUGGUGACCGCACUUCACAUGUUCCAAAACUACUAUCCAGAUUACCGCACUGCAGAGAUCUCUGCAUUCCGCGACCGCGCUGUAUCGUAUAUUAGAGAGGCUCAACGCCCUGACGGCUCGUGGUACGGUAGCUGGGGUAUCUGCUUUACCUACGCCGGCAUGUUUGCUCUCGAAUCACUGAAGUGCUCUGGCGAACAAUACGAAAACUCCGAGCGUGUGAGACGGGCAUGCCAGUUCUUCUUAGACAAGCAGAUGGAUGAUGGAGGCUGGGGCGAGACAUACAAGAGCUGUGAGAACGGUGUCUGGGAUCAGCAUCCACAAAGUCAGGUUGUGCAGACUGCCUGGGUGAUUAUCGCAAUGAUUGAGGGUGGUUUCCCGCAUAAGGAACCAUUGGAGAAGGCUGUCAAACUCAUCAUGAAGAGGCAGCAGGCCAACGGAGAGUGGCUGCAGGAGGCGAUCGAGGGGGUGUUCAACAAGUCUUGUAUGAUUUCGUAUCCGAACUACAAGUUCAUCUUCCCGAUUAAGGCGCUGGGCAUACAGAUGGACAGGGCGUACACAAAUUGGCAGGAGGGUCACGAACUCUCGCCUCAGCAAACCACUGGUCACGGUGGCGCUCUAGUAGAUGAAGAAACUGUCGACGAGGCGGAGGGCCAAGCCGGUGCUACACUUGGUCAUAGAUGGAGCAAACGCAGUCGAAGAUACGUUUGCAGGCGUGGUAAGAACAGGAACCAGCAAGAACCAAUUCCUGCUCGUUCUGGGCAAGAUCAGAUACAGGAAACUGCCGAGUCAUCGCCUAUAACUGCAAUCAAGCGCGAGGCUUCCACAGUCCACUUCUGGACUAACGCGACACCUGCGACACUGUUUGGCUUCUCCUCCAACGCUGAAAUUCUCGUAACCAAUAUUGCCAAUGAAACGCGAAAUUGGUCCACCGCUGAACCUCUGUUCCAGACCGACCACUGUCAAGAGGUAUAUCGUCCAGUAGAAGAAGGUGAAAGUCCCUUCGAUCCCGAUAUGUCUUACCUACGGGCUACAGCGAUACUGGGUGGGUUUGUUGGAAGGCGUCAUGAUGUCGACAAGAAGAGGAAAGAUUGGGUUAGAGAAAGGUACAUGUUUGCGAAAGAAGAUGAAGAGCUGAUUGUGAGCGGAGAGAAAGGAAGGGACAAGGUCACUAAAGACCCGACAAGUGACCAAAUUGGAAAUCAAAAAGAGCUCACUCCCACCGGGAUGAAGAAGUGGGAGUGGUACGGCAAAAAGCUUCGAAAAGACGCUGCCAGAGACGCAAAGAAGGCCGCAAAAAGAGAAGUUAUUGGAAGAGGCGGAGUGUUUCCCCCCUACGGUAACCUUGUCGCUAAUGGCUGCGACAAGAAACCUCUUCGCGAAAUCGGAGCUGGCAGUGCUCGAUACAACCACGGCGGCUUUCAGGAUACUGAUGAUUACUAUGCCGAGCCGGCUCCUGACCUUAAGAGCUUCAGUCUUGAUGCCAGGGUUUUUGAGCCUGAAGUUGAACCUGGUGAUGACUAG